AUGAUCCGCGGCUGGUGGGGCGUUUCUGGCCCCGGAUCGGUGUAUGGCUCGGUGCCGCCGCCGCGGCCGGUCCUACCGGCACCGGGGCUACAGGCCAUGAAGUCGCUCUCGCGGGCAUCCACCAUUGAGCUUCGGGCCACCGAGCCGCUGGUGGUGAGUGCAAAUGGUGCGGCGGUUCCAUCGGCGGUCCACUAUGUGGUGACAGUGUACGUGGGCGGUCUGCCGACCGGCACCGAUGCACCGGACGCGCCCGGCUCGAUGGAGGCCACGCUCCGCGAGUCGUUCCGAGUCUUCCGCGCCGACGACCUCAGCGAAGGCUUCCGCGUCGUCAAGAUCAAAGCUUUUGACGCCGUCAUCCUACACGUCGACGAUUCGGCGGAUGGCUGGGACGAGGCGCUGACCUUUCUUUCCGCGCUACGCGACGGUGAGGGCUUUGUACCAUCGCGCGACAAGCCCGAUGCAUCGCACUUUCCGUCGGCGGUCUUCAAGGGCGAGUACCGCCCGCCGGUUCUGGCCCUGCUUCCGGGCUCGGUCUCUCCGGUGGCCCUGGACCAGCUCUUUGACGCCGGCCUUGACGACUAUGUCAUGCGGCCGAGCGUGCCGCGGGCUAUCCAUCGCCGGCUCCGCUCGUUUGCACGAAACAUCAUCGUGGAAGAAGACACGAGCGAGCCGCUGGCUGCCAGCAAGCGCGGGGCACAGCUUGCGCGGUCGAUCAUCCAAUACUCAAAGGAACACGAGAUCGGUGAGACAAGCGUGAGCGACGCGUCACCACACACCAACGUUGCAUCGCUCGUUGCUGAUGCUGCGCCGGGCAAGCGCCGCCCGUCGAUUGUCAAACAGGCAGCCAACGACUCGGCGCUCGACAAGAUCCAGCUGCGGUUCAAGCUCGGGCUGAUGGAGACGGAGAAGCGCAAGGUUGGCGAGCUCAAAGCCAAGAACCAGGAGCUCGAAUCGCAGCUAGAGGACCUCUCGUCCAAGCUCGAGGCGUACGAGUCGCCCAUGAAGUCGUUGCUGCGGACGGUGGCCGACAUGACGACAGCAGCCGAGGCCGGUGAGGCCCUCGACCCGGCUACCGUCAAGUCGUCGCUGAUGCAGGUCAUCAAAGACCUGACAUCGUCUGACCUCUACGAGCCCAUCAUCGACGCCGAUGACAGCGACGGCACCAUCGACUCGUCCAAGGCUUGGGUUCUCGAAGAGUUUUCGUCGGCUCGCGCCGCUGCAGGCCACCACACCAAGUCUUCGCUGUGGAAAAAGCACAAUGCCAAGGUCCGCGCCCCAUUCGCUUUUCCGAACUACUCCAGCGACUCGCACUCGUCUGUCGCUGCGGACUCGGAUGCCGCGGGUCUCGACCUCUCGGCGUCGUCUAUAGAGGUGACCAGCGAGGCGCUCAAGUCGCUCGAGCUUCCAAUCUUUGACCUUGACGAGAUGACGCUUGUCAAGUACAUUGUCGUCAUGUUUUCGAGUCUUGGCCUUCUCGAGCAGUUCUCCAUCGAGACCCAGGUCCUCGCCAACUUUAUCCGUGCCGCCGCCAAGUGCUACCGUAGCACGAACCCGUAUCACAACUUUGUACACGCCUUUGACGUUUGCCAGACCGUGUUCUGGCUCAUUACCCAGACCUCGGUCACCUCGCUCCUCUCCUCGCUCGACGUGCUCUGUCUCAUGGUUGCAGCGGUGGCGCACGACCUCAGCCACCCGGGCAAGUCGAACAACUACCUGGUUGCCACCCGCGACCCGCUCGCGCACGUCUACAACGAUCGGUCGGUCCUCGAAAACCACCACGCGUCGACGCUCUUCGACAUCCUCGCCAACGACGAGUGCAACGUGCUCGCCGGCCUCGGCGCUGACGAGUGGCGCACCGCGCGUGACAACAUUAUCGACAUGAUUCUUCACACCGACAUGGCCAAGCACUUUGAGAUGGUUGGCAAGUUCUCGGUCGCGGCCUCGUCGCGGACCUUUAACCGCGAGUCUGACGCCGACCGCCGCAUCGUCUGCGCCGUCCUCCUCCACGCCGCCGACAUCUCCAACCCGGCCAAGCCGCUCGCUACCUUUAAGCUCUGGGUCGACCGCGUCUCUUCUGAGUUUUUCCAGCAGGGCGACGCCGAGCGGGCCCGCGACCUGCCCAUCUCGCCUAUGAUGGAUCGCACCAAAGCCGACAUCCCGUCCAUGGAGGUCAACUUUAUCAACUUUGUCGUCCUUGUCGACAACAUGGAUGUCAACAAGGCGUAUUACGAGACAAUGCGUGACAAGGAGCAGGCCGCCGCAGAUGCUGCCGCCGCGGCUGGCGAUGACUCGACUGGUAGCUCCAGCAAUUGA